AUGAAUCAAAAAAGCCCACCAGACGAUCUGGGAUCACCAGCUGAAACUUCGGAGGAUGGUAACGAAUUGAGUAAGGACGAGGAAGUGAGUGAGAUGAAUGAUGAUGAAGAGCAUCCACCAGAAGAUCUGAAAUUACCAGCUAAAACUUCGGAGAACCGUAACGAAUUGAGUAAGGACGAGGAAGUGAGUGAGAUGAAUGAUGAUGAAGAGCAUUCACCAGAAGAUCUGGGAUUACCAGCUAAAACUUCGGAGAACCUUAACGAAUUGAGUAAGGAAAAGGAAGUGAAUGAGAUGAAUGAUGAUGAAGAGCAUCUACUAGAAGAUCUGGGAUUACCAGCUAAAACUUCGGAGGAUGGUAACGAAUUGAGUAAGGACAAGGAAGUGAAUGAGAUGAAUGAUGAUGAAGAGCAUCCACCAGAAGAUCUGGGAUUACCAGCUAAAACUUCGGAGAACCGUAACGAAUUGAGUAAGGAAAAGGAAAUGAAUGAGAUGAAUGAUGAUGAAGAGCAUCCACCAGAAGAUCUGGGAUUACCAGCUAAAACUUCGAAGGAUGGUAACGAAUUGAGUAAGGACAAGGAAGUGAAUGAGAUGAAUGAUGAUGAAGAGCAUUCACCAGAAGAUCUGGGAUUACCAGCUAAAACUUCGGAGAACCGUAACGAAUUGAGUAAGGACAGGGAAGUGAAUGAGAUGAAUGAUGAUGAAGAGCAUCCACCAGAAGAUCUGGGAUUACCAGCUAAAACUUCAGAGAAACAGGUCGGAAAAUCUAAUAAACAAAAACGAGGAUUAAGGUUUACAAUAAGAAAAUGUCACACUGCUCGUAGAGAAGAAUGGUACUGCAAUACUUGCGAGCUAUUUGCUGCUAACGAACAGUAUAAAAUAAAUAGUGAAGAUAAGGUUUAUUGA